GUUAGAAACUCUCUUACCCAGGAAACCAUUGCUGACGUCAUCAAAAGUAGACUGUAGUCGCCGGUUGUGACGUAUUCAACGUGGUCGCCAUAAUAAACCUAGGUACAUGGGUUAAUCGAGCCUUGUGGUUUUACGAAGGUGGUGAAGUAACGAGCCGUGGUACAAAGAUAUAUAUCAACUUUUCAGUGAUACUUAUAAAAUAGUCAGAGUCGGCUGCAAGACUGUGAGGAGAAAAACUGAGAAGUAUUACGAGGCAGGGCCAUGGCUUCCCCGUCCCCGAGCGUGGACUCCAAGGCAGAGCUCUCCUCCUUGCUGGAGCAGUGGGAGCGGCAGCAGCAAGGCAGCACCUCGGAGCUGGUGUCCAUCCUCGCCAAAAUUUCAGAACUGAUUGAAGGAGAGACUGAGCAGUACCACAAGGCAGACCCUGAUCCCUUUGAUGACCGUCAUCCAGGCAGAGCAGACCCAGAGUGUAUGCUGGGACAUGUGCUCAAAAUCCUGUUUAAGAACGACGACUUCACCAACGCGCUUCUGAACACGUACGUGAUGACCAGCAGGGAGGUCUCCCUCAACACUGCUGCCUGUCGCCUUCUGCAGAACAUCAUGCCGGGACUGGAGACAGCAGUGGUCUUCCAGGAGAAGGAGGGUGUGGUGGAGAAGCUCUUUGAAUGGGCCCAGGAGGCCGAUUGUCCCCUGUGUAUCUAUGCCACGGGGCUGCUGGGCGGAGCCAUGGAGAACCAGGACAUCGCCGGCAACUACAGGGAGGAGAAUUCACAGCUGGUGCCUUUUAUGCUCCGGAGGCUGCGUGAGCUGCAGAGUGUCGAGGCGGACGGCUCCCCAGGGAUCAGGAGAGCUGACCUGCAGGGUGAGCGCUCAGGAGCGACGGGCCAGGAUUGUGGGGGCUCUGAGGAUGCGGCUGGUCCCCUGGGAAGCUCUGCAGAGAGAGACCGGGAGGGAGAGGAGAGGGGGGAGGAAAGCCAGCCGGUGCCAGCCGAGAGCGGUGAACCAUCGCUGCAGCUGGGCUUCACCCGCAAGGCCAGCAGCCGUGCGCAUCCGUCUGUCAAACCGGCAUCAGAGCCCCUGUACCAGGCGGCGCCAGAGACAGGAGAGCCGGACCGGAGGCGGGAAGUGGGCAGUCAGGCGCAGAAGAGGGUGGAGGGGGAAAACGGCAGGACGGCCAGACAGAAGCUGCGCUUGGCCCCCCCCGAUCCGGAGCGGGCUGCCUGCGAGCUGUCCAAUAGCAGCUGGAAUGAGAUGAGCCCUUGGGUCAUCGGGACCAAAUACCGCCUGGAACCUCUGACCCCAGCCAUGGAACAGCGCCUCAUCUUGCAAUAUCUCACCCCGCUGGGGGAGUACCAAGAGCUUUUGGGCGUUUUCAUGCAGAUGGGAGCCUGCGAACUGCUCAUGCAUUACAUCGAUCUCAAGCUGACCAACGACGUGCAGCUCACCUUUGAGGCGCUCAAGUACCUGGCCUCCCUGCUGCUGCACAAGAAAUUCGCUGCCGAAUUUGUGGCUCACGGUGGCGUGCAGAAGCUUCUGGAAAUCCCACGGCCCUCCAUAGCAGCCACCGGGGUGUCCCUGUGCCUCUACUACCUGGCCUACAACCAGGAUGCCAUGGAGAGGGUGUGCAUGCUGCCGCCCGCCGUGCUGGCCGGCGUGGUCUCCUACACGCUCUGGCUGCUGGAGUGCUCUCACGCCUCUGGCUCCUGCCACGCCACUAUGUUCUUCUCCAUCUCCUUCGCCUUCCGCGCCGUCCUCCAGCUCUUCGACCAGCAGGACGGCCUGCGGCGCCUCGUCAACCUGAUCAGCACCCUGGAGAUUCUCAAUCUCGAGGAGCAAACGGCGCUGCUGAGCGACGACAAGAUCUUCUCGAGCCGGCAGACGGCCAAGCACACCUGCAUGGCCCUGCGCCGCUACUUCGAAGCUCACCUGGCCAUUAAGGUGGAGCAGGUGAAGCAGUCCCUUCAGCGAUCAGAGGGUGGCGCUCCAGUUCACACACAGCCGUAUUUCAAGGCUUGCUCCUACACCCGCGAGCAGGUGGUGGAGAUGAUGGAGUUUCUGAUCGAGUACGGCCCGGCGAGGCUCUACUGGGAGCCGGCCGAGGUCUUCCUCAAGCUCUCCUGCGUGCAGCUUCUGCUGCAGCUCAUCUCCACGGCCUGCGACUGGAGGACGUACUACGGCAGGAGUGACACGGUGCGUUACGCUUUGGACAUCUUGGCCAUUCUGACGCUGGUGCCCAAGGCACAGCUGCUGCUGGCUGAGCCUGUGGACGUGCUGGACGAAGGCGGCUCUGUCGUCUGCACCGUGGGGAUGAGCAUCAUCCUGGGUGUGGCAGAGGGCGAGGUCUUCCUAAACGAUGCCGAGAUCCAGAAGUCGGCGCUGCAGGUGGUGAUAAACUGCGUGUGUGCCCCCGACAAGCGGCCACCCGCCAUUGGCAAGUUCCCCAACGCGACCCCAAGGCGUCGCCUGCCUCAGGCUCCCCGUGGCGGGGGAGGAACAGGAACAGGAGGAGGAGACAGUGUCCUGGCUCGCAUGUGGAACGUGGUGCAGGCUAACAAUGGCAUCAAGGUGCUGCUGUCGCUGUUGACGGUCAAGGCGCCCAUUACGGACGCGGACCAGAUUCGUGCGCUGGCAUGCCGGGCGCUGGUGGGACUGUCUCGCAGCAGCGCUGUCCGGCAGAUUGUGGGCAAGCUGCCGCUGUUUGGUGGCGGCCAGAUCCAGCAGUUGAUGAAGGAGCCCGUGUUGCAGGACAAGCGUGGUGAGCAUGUGCGCUUCUGCCGCUUCGCCACUGAGCUCAUCGAACGCGUCUCCGGGAAGCCGCUACUGUGCGCUGCUGACGUCUCCCUGGCCCGGUUGCAGAGGGCCAGCGUGGUGGCCCAGACCCGCAUCAGCUUCCCCGAGAAGGAGCUCCUGCUGCUUAUCCGGAACCACCUGGUGGCCAAGGGUCUGCACUCCGCUGCCAGCACCCUCACCAGGGAGGCCGACCUUCCCAUGACGCACCUCUCCCACUCCUCCUCUGCCUCCUCUUCUUUCCCGUUCUCCUCUGCCCCCAUGGCAUCCCUUGGCUCCCCCAUGUCGGCCCUGCCUCGUACUCCACGGCUAGCCGCCGGGGUCGCCUCUCGUCUGGGUGGCCACGCCUCCUCGUCCCCAGGGCCUUCCCCCGGGCAUAUCCAGCUCCGUCCCUCCUCCUCCCCGAUUUCUGUGACGACCCCUCCUCCUCCACCUCCCUCAGGCCCUCCGCCCCAUGGCCCAACUCUGAUCGGCCGCAUCCUCUUUGCGCGUGAGCGCCCGCCCCCAUGUGCUAGUGCCACAGCCGCCAAAAAACCCAGAGUCCUGCGGCAGAAAUCGGACCAUGGCGCUUUCAGCCAGAGCCCGGCGGUGAGGAAGCAGCUGGACCGCUGCCUUCCAUCGCCACCGGCGCUGGACAGCAUCAUCACGGAGUACCUACGCGAGCAGCACUCCCGCUGCCGUAACCCGGUCACCACCUGCCCGCCGUUCUCCCUCUUUACCCCACACCAGUGCCCAGAGCCCAAGCAGCGGCGUCAGGCACCACCCAACUUCACAUCCCGUCUCACCCGCCGUGCGGCCUUCCCAAGGUAUGGCGGCGUGGAUGGCGGCUGCUUCGACCGACACCUCAUCUUCAGCAGGUUCCGGCCCAUCUCCGUUUUUCGGGAGGCUGAGGAGGAUGAGAGUGGCUUCAUGUGCUGCGCCUUCUCUGCCCGCGAGCGCUUCCUCAUGCUGGGCACCUGUACAGGCCAGCUGAAGCUGUACAACAUCUUCACGGGUCAGGAGGAGGCCAGUUACAGUUGCCACGGCUCGGCUAUCAUGCACAUGGAGCCAUCGCGGGACGGCUCUCUGCUGCUGACGUCUGCCUCGUGGAGCUACCCGCUGUCGGCGCUGUGGAGCAUGAAAUCGGUCUUCAUGAUGAAGCAUUCGUUUUUAGAUGAUCAUUACGUGGAAUUCAGUAAACUCUCUCAGGACAGAGUCAUCGGCACAAAGGAGCACAUCGCUCACAUCUACGACAUCCAGACCGGGCAGAAGACCUUGACUCUCAAUAAUCCUGGUCUGGCAAACAACUACAAGCGUAACUGUGCGACCUUUAACCCCACGGAUGACUUGGUGCUGAACGACGGCGUGAUGUGGGAUGUGCGCUCUGCACAUGCCGUACACAAGUUCGACAAGUUCAACAUGAAUAUCAGUGGCGUCUUUCACCCCAAUGGGCUGGAGGUUAUCAUCAACACCGAGAUUUGGGAUUUACGCACUUACCAUCUCCUACACACUGUUCCCGCCCUGGACCAGUGCAGGAUAGUCUUCAACAACGAUGGCACUGUCAUAUACGGAGCGAUGCUGCAGGCGGACGACGAGGACGACGUGAUGGGGCAGCAGAUGAAGAGCCCCUUCGGGUCCUCCUUCAGGACCUUCGAUGCCACAGACUACAAACCUAUUGCUACCAUCGAUGUGAAAAGAAACAUUUUUGACCUCUGCACUGACACCAAGGAUUGUUACCUGGCUGUAAUUGAGAAUCAGGAUUCCAUAAACAUGGACACAGUGUGUCGACUCUACGAGGUUGGGAGGCAGCGGCUGGCUGAGGAAGAGGAGGAUGAGGAAGAUCAGGAGGAUGAGGAUCAGGAGGAAGAUGAUGAUGAUGACGACGACGAUUCAGACGACGACCUGGACGACAUAGACACAGACCCGCUGCUGGCCGAACUGGAGAAUGGCAACGGUGGAGAUGAGGACGGCGAGCGUGACUUCUCGCUCUCGGAUGACGAGCAGGUGAACCGUCUGCUGGGGGCCGACGGCGACGAGGGGGAAGAGGACGAGGAGGAAGAGGAUGAUGAUUCUGACGAUAAUGACGAAGACGGAGAUCUCCUCCUGGAGAACACGGACAGCUCUGACAACUCGGACCUGGAGGAUGACAUCAUCCUCUCUCUGAACGAGUGAAGACAGGUUGGUGGCGCUGCAGUGACGGCACGCCAAGGUCACGUUACCUGGCUGGAGGUGAAUGCUGGAAGCUGUGUUGAAAUACCGAGUGAGCAAGUGAAAGACACGGUCCUGCGGAUGGAUGCUCUCCUUUUUUUCUUAUCUGCUCAAACGCAGUUAAGAAGGACUGCUGGACACUUGGUAGGAACCUGAAGCGGGCCUAAUGACAUCGUCUGUUACAGGAAUUGGAAAUGGAUACACACGCAAACAGACUUUUCAAAAUUCAUUGACUCCAAGUGCACAAGCUUUUAACAAGGUGUUAAAAGAUGAAUCCCUUUUUAAUUACAUCAGAAAUCGAUGUGAAUCAUAUUUUCUAGGAUACGUGAUGGCGGACAGUGUUUUUAAAUGGGUAGCACCCCCGCUCCUUGCCUAGUUGGUGUUACCAAGGUGACCCCGUUACCCGGCCCAGAUGAGGCUCUGUGGGCCGUGGAUGGAGACCAGAUCGUGGUCCGAGUCCAGGUAUCCAAGCACCUCUGAAAUUAUGUAUAUCAGGGAAAGUGCGGAAUCUUGCCUUUUCUUCGCCUUCCCUCCUCUGGUGCUUUUCUGGGUUUUCAGUGAUCCUGCCAUCCGUUUACCUCAGGAAUGUGUCACGUGUAAAUCAGAAGUGAACCGCUUAGCAACCAGAAUCACCGUCUCCCUUUUUAUUUUCUUUGGUUUGUGGGUGGGGGGAACUGCAUUGCAUCCUUUUGUGAUUUGAAAUAUGUUCGCUGAAACUUUGUGUCCUGAACUUCCUGCUCCUGAUGUGGGGGGUGG